AGCUCCCGCAGAAGAGCAUGGUGCCUUGGAGUGUGGAAGCAAGCAAAGACCUCCAGCUCUCUCUCUCUCUCUCUCUCUUUCUCUCUCUCUCUCCCUUUCCAUCUCACUCUCCAUGUCUCUCUCUCCACAUGCUGAGCGAGAUGAGCGAGGCGGCUGAACGUGGAGAAGUUUAUGAAGAGUGGGAGAAGGAGGUGAAGAAGAGUGGGAGAAGGAGGUGAAGGAGGAGCAGAGUGCCAAAGGAUCUGUGGUUCUUCACUUCUUCUAUAUCUGGCUGCUUCUCUCUAUCGCUCGCUGGCUUUUCUGGUCCUCGUCGGAAACCAAACUCUGAUAAGAGAUCGCAACAGAGGGAGAGAGAGGGUCAAGAGACGGAGACACUGGCCACGGUUACAAACUCCCUUCUCCUCCUGAAAGAGGUGCAGGUGGAGGGAGACUUGCGUGGAGGAAUGAGGAGGAGUGAAGAGGAGCCGCCCGUGGAGGACCCGAGAAGUGUUGGAAGGAAGGAAGGAAGGAAGGAAAGUGUCUAGUCUCUAUAAAAAGACUCCCCCAUCCGACCCCUCAACAGCCUGGAGCUGGGCUGAGAGGUGUGUACUGGGAGACACAUCAGAGAGAGAGAGAGAGAGAGAGAGAGAGAGAGAGAGAGAGAGAGAGAGAGAGAGAGAGAGAGGACCCCCGGUCUAGCUCCUGAUGUGGCAGGAGGCUCUGCGGACGCGCGGACACUACCUGCUGGAGAAGAGCGAUGGCGGGGACCCGUCCGACGGCGGGGGGGAGAGCCCGAGCGGCGUCGGGGGUCCCGUCUGGGCGGAGGAGGAGGGCAGCGGCAGGUGGGACGGCGAGAAGCGGCAGGACUGGCUGUACGAGUCGUACUACCGCAUGAGCCAGCAGCACCCUCUCUUUGUGUUCCUGCUGCUCAUCGUCAUGGGAGCCUGCCUCGCACUGCUCCUCGUCUUCUACUCCUCCGGACUGGACUACAGGGACCACCUGGUGUUCCUGAUCACAGUGCCCACCACACUCCUCCUCUUCCUCUCCAUCUUCAUCCUGGUAUGCAUCGAGUCGGUCUUCAAGAGGAUGCUGCGUCUCUUCUCCCUCCUCAUCUGGGCGUGUCUGGUUACCAUGGGUUACCUCUUCAUGUUCUCCGGCGGGAUACUGUGUCCCUGGGACCAGGUGUCCUUCUUCCUGUUCAUCGUGUUCGUGGUGUACACCAUGCUGCCCUUCUCCAUGCGGGGGGCCGUGAUGGCGAGCAUUCUCACCUGCUCUUCCCACACCGUCACGCUCUGCGUCUGCCUGGCGUCCAGCAUCCAGGACCAGGACUCGCUGCGCUGGCAGAUCCUGGCCAACGUCAUCAUCUUUACGUGUGGGAACCUGGCGGGGGCGUACCACAAACACCUGAUGGACCUGGCCCUGAAGCAGACCUACCAGGACACCUGCAACUGCAUCAAGUCCCCCAUCAAGCUGGAGUUCGAAAAGCACCAGCAGGAGCGGCUGCUGCUGUCCCUGCUCCCGGCGCACAUCGCCCGGGUGAUGAAGGCGGAGAUCAUCCAGAGGCUGGAGGGGCCCAGGUUCGGCCGGGCCGAGAACACCAACAACUUCCACAACCUCUACGUCCAGCGGCACACCAACGUCAGUAUCCUGUACGCAGACAUCGUGGGAUUCACCCGGCUCGCCAGCGACUGCUCUCCGGGCGAACUGGUCCACAUGCUCAACGAACUCUUUGGGAAGUUUGACCAGAUUGCCAAGGAUAACGAGUGCAUGCGUAUCAAGAUCCUGGGGGAUUGCUACUACUGUGUGUCUGGGCUGCCUGAGUCCCUCCCCCACCACGCCAGGAACUGCGUCAAGAUGGGCCUGGACAUGUGUGAGGCUAUAAAGAAGGUCCGAGAUGCCACUGGGGUUGACAUCAACAUGCGUGUGGGCGUGCACUCCGGGAACGUGCUGUGCGGGGUCAUUGGACUACAAAAGUGGCAGUAUGAUGUCUGGUCACAUGACGUCACACUGGCAAAUCAUAUGGAAGCAGGGGGUGUGCCAGGGAGAGUGCAUAUCUCAGAGGUGACCUUGGAGCAUCUGGACGGCUCUUAUAAGGUGGAGCCUGGGGAUGGACCAAUCAGAGACUCCUACCUGAAGGAGCAUGGCGUAGUCACCUACCUGGUGGUCAACCCAAAGACGGACCGCCACAGCCCCAGCCUGGGGGUGCGGUCGCGGCCCUCCCUGGACGGGGGGAAGACGAGGGCGUCUGUCCGGAUGACCCGCUACCUGGAGUCCUGGGGGGCCGCCAAGCCCUUCGCCAACCUCCACCACCGGGGCAGUAUGACCACCGACAGCGGCAAGGUCAAGACCACCGAUGUUCCGAUGGGCCAGUACCACUUCCAAAGACAGGAGAGGUCUAAGUCCCAGAGGAGAAGGUUUGAGGAGGAACUCAAUGAGAGGAUGAUUCGCACCAUCGACGGCAUCAACUCCCAGAAACAGUGGCUGAAGUCAGAGGACAUCCAGAGGAUCUCUCUGUUCUUCCACAACAAGGCCCUAGAGAGCGAGUACAGGUCCACCACGCUGCCGGCCUUCAAGUACUACAUCACCUGCGCCUGCCUCAUCUUCUGCUGCAUCUUCGUAGUGCAGGUCUUGGUCCUGCCCAAAACUGCUGUUCUAGGGAUAUCCUUUGGGCUGGCAUUCCUGCUGUUGGCAUUGAUCCUGGGGAUAUGCUUUGCUGGCCACAUUCGGCAGGGAGCAGGCAAGGCCUCCUUCUCCUGGCUGCCCUCUUCCUCGGCCAUCAUCAUCGCCAACCAACCCUGGCUGCGUCUGGUCCUCACCAUGACCACGAUGGCCCUCAUCCUGGUCAUGUCUGUCUUCAACAUGUUCUUCUUGGAAGACCAAAUGCAGAUGCCAUCCAUGUCUGUGAAUCUCACCAAUGCCAGCCAGUCCCAAGGCCCAGAACACAACGAGGGGGACCACAAGUUCUAUCUGCCUUACUUUAUCUACUGCUGUAUCCUGGGGCUGGUGUCAUGUUCUGUGUUCCUGAGGAUCAACUACGAGUUGAAGAUGGUGGUGAUGCUGGUUGCCGUGGUGAUAUACAAUGUCAUUAUCCUCCAGACGCACGCCCCGCUGCUGGACGGCUACAACACAGCGCUGUACCACAUGGAGACCCUGGAUAGGCCAGGGGUUCUGAAGGAUCUGAAGACAAUGGGCUCGGUGUCGCUCUUCAUCUUCUUCAUCACUCUUCUGGUUUUGGCCCGGCAGAAUGAAUACUACUGUCGGUUGGACUUCCUGUGGAGGGACAAGUUCAAGCGUGAGUGCGAGGAGAUUGAGACGAUGGAGAACCUGAACCGCGUGCUGCUGGAGAACGUUCUGCCCGCCCACGUGGCCGAGCACUUCCUUGCACGCAACUGGAAGAACGAGGACCUGUAUCACCAGUCGUACCAAUCAGUGUGCGUGAUGUUCGCCUCCAUCCCGGACUUCAAGGAGUUCUACACAGAGUCUGACGUCAACAAGGAGGGGCUGGAGUGCCUGCGUCUCCUCAACGAGAUCAUCGCUGACUUUGAUGAGCUGCUAUCCAAGCCAAAGUUUAGUGGCGUGGAGAAGAUCAAGACCAUUGGAAGUACCUACAUGGCUGCCACUGGUCUCAACGCUAUGCCUGGCCCAGAGAACACACAGGAACACGACCGGCAGUACACACACAUCGGCACCAUGGUGGAGUUCGCCUUCGCCCUGGUUGGAAAGCUGGAUCUCAUCAACAGACACUCGUUCAACGACUUCCGCCUCCGAGUCGGGAUCAACCACGGGCCGCUGAUCGCCGGGGUCAUCGGGGCCCAGAAGCCCCAGUACGACAUCUGGGGGAACAGUGUGAACGUGGCCAGCAGGAUGGAGACCACUGGCGUGCUCGGGAAGAUCCAGGUGACGGAGGAGACGAGCCGGGCCCUGGGUGCGCUGGGGUACGUGUGUUCCUGUCGGGGAGUCAUCAGCGUGAAGGGGAAGGGCGAGCUGAAGACCUACUUUGUUCACACCGAGAUGAGCCGCUCGCUGUCGCAAGGGACCGUGAUGCCUUGAAUGCAUCAUACACACACACACACACACACACACACACACACACACACACACACACACACACACACACACACACACACACACACACUCAAAAACAUACACACACACACACACACACACACUCAAAAACAUACAAACCAACACACACUCACUCACUCAAACAUGUACAAACCCCCCCACACACAGUCACUCCCAAACACACACACACAAACUCACACACUCACACGUACACAAACAUAUUUGUUUGCACACUUAAAAGGGUCAUUGCUCACUCACAAACACACAAACGCACAGGUGAUUUUUAGCAUUUGCAACGAUUGUACUUAGAACUCAGCGGUACUGUGGGCAGACAAACUGUUUUAGAUCAUCCACUUUUUGCUGAAAAACAAAAAGCUGAAGCAAAGAGGAACCAUAGGCCAGUUGAUCUGCCUGGAGGACAUCGCUUUGCUUUUGUGUGAGUGUGUGUGUGAGUGUGUGUGUGUGUGUUAGUGUGUGUGUUUGGUGUGGCCCAUCACACCACCUGUAGGGUGGUGUGUGAAAAGGGCGUGGGGUGCCUGCAGAGCUCCAGAGCCCUACUGCUCUAGCGUUGUGCAGUGUGGGUGGCCCUGUGGCCCUUCCAUCUGGUGGAUUUACCUCUAAAUGGGCAACGCAAUAUUCAGUGUUUCGCAUUCAAAGCCAGCAUUAUCCGGUGUGGAGGGUGAAUAUGUAAUUCUAGCCGUGGAGAUUGGAGUUUAGCAGGAGAGACCAACAGCUACUGCAAUGUUAGUACAUUUUCACUGCUGUCGUUUUGUAAUGCAUUAAAUAUUUGUAAAUAAGUUGCUAUUUUCAGUUUGAGUCUUUGUUCAAGUCUUAUGAAAACAAGAGUAACGCAAAAUUUCACCAAUAACUAU